AGGAGUAUGGCGGUGCGAUGGCGCAGACGGCAGUAUGUCUCCCGCAAACAGCCCCGCCAUCCCCGCAAUGAACACGCAAAGCAGACCCCCGCCACCGCGCAGCACAACACAACACCGACUUACCGCAAGUCGCCGAGGCCGACGAAGGAGCGCUGAAGUCGGCUAAAGAUGAGCGGAGGCUUCGCACAACACGGCGGUUCCUCUGCGGGUGGAAGUCAGUACCGGAUGCAACUUCCGCACAAUUCGCCUGUGGAUCAUGAAGAACAAAAUGAAAGACUUCCAGUUUGAAGUAGGCACCUUCAAAAUAAAGUUGCAAGGCCGCGCUCGCUCUGUCAACGCUCAAAGUCAACAAUCGUUAAAGCUAAUAUAAUCAAUAUACAGUACAUAUUUGAGCUCAUAUUUUAUUUUAAAUACAUUUUACUUUAUUUUCAUCUUUAUUGGCCAAGUAUGUUGAAAACACACAAAGAAUUUCUCUCCUCCAGUACGAUGGCAAACAAGACACCAUGACAUAAUAUACAUUUAGGACAUAAAACACAAGUACAGAGUCGUUGAGCAAGGAAAGGGUACCAGUAAUGUGGAGAUGCAAGUGAUGCAGUCGUACUGUUUAUACUUGGAAUAUUAUGAGAAAAGGGUCAUUUAUGAGAAUUAGUUGAAAUAUGAGAAAGAAGUCGGGAAAAAAAAAACGGGAGGAAAAUUAUUUUUAGGGCGAAACACUUUUAGUAUUACAAAAAUAAGAUAUGAAUAUUAUGACAAAAAAAAGAGUUGCUAUUAUAUUCCAAAGACACUUACUUACACACAUAGCUUAAUAGAAGACUGAAUUGUGCAUAGGUGUGAAAGCGUGGGUGUGUGUGCGUGCGCUUAUGUGUUUAAAACUGUGCCCCGCUGUCAAAACCCCUGGCCACAGCAUGGCAUGGCGUCCCCACUAAAAUUGCUUUACAACCGCCACUAAACACAGUUGCAUUUUCCCCUUUGCCAAAUGCUCAGGUUACAGUUGUGCCAUUGGACAGUUGUCCACUUCAAAAUAAACUAUUACUUUCGUACAUGCAGAAAUGACUUCUGAUACUUUUUUUUUUUUUUCAAAAAGUCACACUUGUCACAAGAAACAAUGUACCUGUAUAUCAUAUUUGUAUACCUGAUUUUUUUUUGGGCCAUAUUCAUCACGCUUGAACUUUUCAUAUCAUCAAGCCAAUUUGGGUUUCUCACAAAGACAACCAAAGUAAAUACAAAAUGCAGUUUCUAAAUAAAAAUGUCAUUUAUUAAGGAGGGGAUUCAAACCUAAAGUAAUCUCCCCCUGAACCGAAUAAGUGGUUGUUCCACCUUUGGCAUCAAGCUCAAUAUCUGUCCAUAAUUCAUGUGUUGUGAUUGACAGCACACUCCAGUCCAAGGUGUUGUUUUUGAUAAGGUAGGGCGCAUUGCCCACGUGACCAUCCGCGUCCUCUCGCGAGACGUGACGCAGUUCGGCGCACAAACAAUCAUCCUCAUCCUCGUCUUCUCCCGACUCCUGCUCGCUUGCUCGCUAGGAUCCUUUUGCGGUAAGGCAUCAAUCCAUCGACGCCCUAAUGCGCGUGCGUGAAUGACGGCGUGCACGCCGCCGUAUCGCGAAUGGGCUGGGACGACGGGACGUGCGCGUGUGUAAAUGUGCGUGCGUGCGGCUUGACAAAAGGUGUGUGAGAUAUGCAAAUGUGUGGCGUGACGUGGCGCGGGUUUCCAUGCGUGCGCUCAGGUCUGCGAUGGAGGCUUCGUCGGUGCCGGUGCCGGUGCCGGUGUCGGCCGCUCACAGUCUGCUCCUGCUGCAGCAGCUCAACGUGCAGCGCGAGUUCGGCUUCCUGUGCGACUGCACGGUCGCCAUCGGGAACGUUUACUUCAAAGCUCACCGGGCCGUCCUCGCCGCCUUUUCGAACUACUUCAAGAUGAUCUUCAUCCACCAGACCAGCGAGUGCAUCAAAAUCCAGCCCACCGAUAUCCAGCCCGACGUGUUCAGCUACCUGUUGCACGUGAUGUACACAGGGGCGUGCCCCAAACAAGCCGUGGAACCGACGCGUCUGGAAGACGGCAUCAAGUUCCUGCACGCACACCAGCUGUGUCGCAAGAGCGGUGAAGGUCCUGGGGCCGGGGCGGACACCGCCGUCACAGACACCGUGCGCAUGUCCAACCUGUACGGCAUCCAGAUCUCCUCCCAGGUGGCCGGCAAGGAGGCACCGGCUACCGCCGGUGCUGAGCCGGGAACACGGGCGGGGCGCGCCCACUCGCAGCCAUCGCUCACCGUGGGUUUGGAAGGUGACCGAUCGGACGGUCACGCCUCUUUGCCACAGGACGACUUGGACAUCUCCGCCGCCAUCAAGCAGGAGCGUCCAGACGACGAGGUAGCGGGAACGGGGUCUCCCCCUCAGGAAAGUGCGGUAUCCAAAGAGCGGGCACCGGCCCUGGCGUGUCCCCGUUGCGGCCAUCGCUGCGCGUCACCCGAGCGGCUGCGCCAGCACCUGUUCAGCCAUGCCCUCCACCCCGCCCUCUUCAUGGAGGGGCUGUCGCACGAAAGCGGCGGUCUCGACAAUGACGAGGCGGCCGGUGAGCGUCUGGACGCCGACCGCCUCGAGGAGGCGCUGCGGCAGAGUCGGGCACUUGCCGCCCAGCUGGCGGCGGAGCUCAGGAGGAGCCGUGUGGGGGCGGCAGAGGGGGCGGGACUGAGCGCUGCCCCAGCUGCUGCCGCCCACUCCCGCAAGCGCAAGAUGGCGUGCGCUGUGUGCGGUGUGCGCUUCUCGCACAAGAGUCAGCUUCAGGAGCACAUGUAUGCGCACACCGCCAAGCCGCCAAGACUGCACCGCCACAGCCAGCUCUUCCAUAGCUCAGCCCACUUCUGUCCGGAAGGGGGUGGGGUCUCGACCAACGACACCCUCCUGGAGGUCAGCAGGGACGCACACGACAACGGGAGCUCCGCCUACUCGCUCGACUCAGAAAUCUCGCAGGAGAGCGGUGGCGACGGCGGGCGCGGCGAGUGACGCUGGGACGAGCGGGUGACACUUCCUGUUGAUAUGCUGUGACAAGAAGUCAAACAGUGACUUUUACUGAUAGACGCUCUCAUCGUUUUGUCUUCUGUGUGGUUUUCAAAGUAAAAGCUCUGAUCAAACACGCUCGUGUUGCUGCUUUUAUUUUGAUUUACAAACCCCAAUUCCAAUGAAGUUGGGAUGGUGUGUAAAACGUAAAUCAAAACAGAAUACAACUAUUUGCAAAUCCUUUCAACCUAUAUUCAAAUAAAUA